CUCCCGCAAAAAUUGGACAGCCGUUGUGUAGCUUUAGCUUCGAGGGAUAAAUUAAUUGCUGGGCCGGAGCGCGGCUGUUGCCUGUGGGCAACAAGACCUAUUCUAGUGUGAGGCAGAUUUUGACGAUAUGGAUGCAAGUAUAAAAGGUUUGGGCAUCAUCUCGUUUCUUAUAUCAGCAUCGUCAGUCGUCCGCUAUCUCUUCCAAGCAUUUCUAGAAUCUAAUUGUAAUCCAAUCCUUCAAAAUGUUCUCCAAGACUCUCGCUUUCGCAUCCGCCCUCGCGAGUGCCUUCGCCGCACUCCCCGAUGUCACCAUCAAAGAGCUCCCGGCAUCCUGCUCCUCCUACCCAGGCUACAACGCCGACACCGGCAUCGCAGGGCCAUGGACCCUCCAAGUCGUCUCCAGCGAGAACCCCGCCAUUGAGGGCUUCGGCGACACAGAUGUGUACUCUGUCUCAUACAAUCCGAAUACCGACCGAAAGCCAUCUCUGCGAUGGGGAUACAUCACCAUCCCAACCCGCAACGACAUCGCCAAGCGUGCUCUCGAAUGCGUCAACAACACGCUGCACGCCUACGUCCCGACCGACCUCACUGACGCAGGUGCCCCGACCGCCGUGCAAUGGAUGCCAUUGACUCUCUCGCCCAACUCCGACGACGACGGCGUGCUGCUCUGGAAGGUGCCCAGCGGCCAGCCCGUCAAAGUCUACGAGCACUAUGUUGGUGAGGAGAAGCAGCCCGGCGUGUUCCUGGGCGGCUAUGAUGGUACCACCACCUGGGGCUUCAAGUAUUAUCCCGCGAGCUUGGGGUCGUAUGGCAUGGAUUAUUUCUCGAUGAGGCUGAUGCCGGCGGAUGCGACGUUGAGCGCUAAUGAGACGAGGGGAUUUGUGAAGAUUUAUGGGUCGUAGAGGGGUGAGUCAGGUGGUGUUGGAAGGUCUUGAGAGUGGAGAAAGAAUGACUGGAAAUGGGUGGGCGCUCUUAUGACCAAAAAAAUCUGUUUUCAGUCGUGCAAUAACCUGGAUGCUUCCAAUAGCCUUAGAGCUUGCAUUUUCCGAGCAGAGUUGCUGGAAAGGAUGGACCACCGGGUCUGAUCAUAGCCAACCCAACUCACCUUACGCAGAGCAUACUUCAGUCGAUAAGUGACCAUAGCAUAUACCCGAUUGGCAGACGGAACAU